AUGGAUACAUUACUCACCGCCGAUAUCGCGGCGAACGCGCCUCGUUACCGACGCAAGAGCAGUACUUUCAUCGAUGGCAUUCACGAUGUCCCCGAGGAGGCCGACCGGGCACCGGCCCAGCUGUAUAGUACUAUGUCUGGGCGGCUCUUCCAUUCGGGUCGUAUUGCGAUUGUCAUGGUUGGGCUGCCCGCCAGAGGAAAGACCCACAUCUCGGUCUCAUUGGCACGGUACUUACAAUGGUUGGGAGUCAAGACCCGGAUUUUUCAUCUUGGAGACUAUCGCCGUGCCACGGUUGAAGGAGGUGGCGACGUUCCGGAAGACUAUUUCUACCCUGACGCGUCUCCAGCUUCAGUCAUGCUACGGCAAAAGAUCCUGAAGAAGUGCCGCGAAGACAUUUACGGCUGGCUCAACCAUGAGAAUGGACAAGUUGCCAUAUACGAUGCUGUCAACCCUACAGCCAGUGGUCGUCGAUCACUAGCGAAGGAGUUCGCCAAGCACGAUGUUCAGACUCUGUUCCUCGAAUCCUAUGUCAAUGAUGACAAACUUCUGCUAGAAAACGCGCGCAAUGUCAAGAUUGGAUCUCCAGAUUUUGCCAACAUGGAUCCCGACGAGGCAGCCACUCUCUACCUUCGGCGCAUCGAGACCAAGAUUCCUAGCUUCGAAACUAUGAAUGAGAAGGAGCUGAACUAUAUCAAGAUGAUCAACGCAGGCAACAAGUUCUUCUACAACAACGUGUCAUUCAACUACCUCUCACAUCGCAUCGUUUUCUACCUCACCAACACACAUAUCAAGUCUCGCGCUACGUUCUUCGUCCGUGCCGGCGCAGCGACGGAAGAUGCGAGUUACAAAGCCGAUGCCCCCCUCUCGAAAGAAGGCGUCAAGUAUGCUCAAGUCAUGGCCGAUACCCUGGAAAAACACCGCGAGCAGGAACAUGCCGCGUUGAAAGCCCGUAGUGGACCAGAUGUUCCGAAACGGCAGCUAACGGUGUGGUGUUCGACACGUCUGCGCACCCUGCAAACGGCCGACGCCUUCAAGGACCGGGGAUACAAAGUCCGCCAGCGCAGUCAGAUGUCCCAGAUAAAUCCUGGAGUCUGCGAGCGACUGAGUGAGCGUGCGAUCCGCCGCUUGUACCCCGACGAGGUCGAGCUGCACGAACUCGAUCCGUACCACCACCGCUAUCCUCGCGCGGAAUCGUACCACGAUCUAGCCGUCCGACUUGAGCCUAUCAUUCUUGAGCUUGAGCGGGAGCAGAACGACCUGGUCAUCAUUGCUCACGAGAGCGUGCUUCGUGUUUUAUACGCGUACUUGAUGCAUUGCAGUACUAUGGAUAUUCCGAAUCUCAAGUUCCCACGCAACGAAAUCAUCGAAAUAGUUCCGGCGGCGUACCAGAAUGAGGCCAAACGGGUUCGGAUUCCUGGCCUUGACCCCAGUACGGUUCCCGGCUCGCCAGAAGACAUUUGCAUUCCGGUGCCCGACAGUGGUGCCGGCACCCCGGCACCGUUGCCUGGUGGUGGUCUGUCUUCGCCAGCGGAGCCGGUCGCUAAUGCCGAGAAGCCCCCGGAGAGGGUGGUGAACAAGGCAGCGGAAGCCGUGAGAGACAGGAUCACGGAUGUAGACUGA